CUGCCCUAUGACAGUUCCACCUAGUUUAGAUGACGGACGAAACUAUUUAGUUUGCAAGUGGCGAUUUUGUAGGACCGCUAACCAGCAGCGAGUGACGGAUUCAACUGGUUGCCUCUUCAGAGGGCUGACUCGGUCAACGGUUACCAAAGCGAGCUAACUCGUUAGCCGCGGACAUUAGCUGGCGGGCUAACUUUAACAUUGGGAACAAUGACGGCGACUUCGGCGAGCAGCGGCACCUGUCUCGCUGCGAAAGGGCUGGACAUAAGUCUGGCCGCUCUGCGGCGACAAGACCCCUACAUUAAUAACAUCGUAGACGUCGCCAGCCAAGUCGCCUUGUACACUUUUAACAACCGGGCGAAUGAGUGGGAGAAAACCGAGGUGGAGGGGACUCUGUUUGUCUACUCAAGACUGGCGUCUCCCAGGCAUGGGUUCACCAUCAUGAACAGGCUCAGUAUGGACAAUCUUACAGAGCCGAUCACCAAAGACCUGGACUUCCAACUGCAGGAUCCCUUCUUGCUCUACCGCAAUGCACGGUUGGUUAUCCAUGGGAUCUGGUUCUAUGAUAAGGAAGACUGUCAGCGCAUCGCACAGAGAAUGAAGACUCUGACCCAGCAGGAGCAGGCCCUCGCCCAGUCCCAGGGUGGAUGGCUCUCCCCAGCAGGAGGAGGAGGAGGAGGAAGAGCCGGUGAUGGGAAGGGUGUAGACAUCCUGCAGAUGCUGACAAAAGCACGCUGCGAGUAUGACAAGGUAGGGAAGUCGAGUUCGGAGCCAAAGGAGAUUGGAGGCAGCAGUGUUCUACAUGACAACCCUAACCUGAUCAAACCAAUACCUGUUAAACCUAACACUCAGGAUGGUGAGCCUGGUGAGCCUAGGUCUCUUUCGCUGGCUACUCUGUUCGGCUCUCAACAACAACAUCAGCACUCCUCCAAACCUCAACUCAGUUCUCCUGCAGUGGUCGCUGGUGCAGAGUCAGCAGUAGCCAGCAGAAAACCGGAAAGUGGUUCUCGCCCCCCUGUGGUUCGCUCCUUGUUGUAUGAUGACCCUGCGAGAUCCAGGGCCAGUGGGGCUCCCAGGACACCAAAGAGCCCCCUCACUGGGGAUUUGGAUGCAGGGGUCUGGCCACUAGAAGAGGCUCAAACCAGGAAAGCUGGUGGGACUUGGGGUUCUAAGGUAGUUCAUGAUCCUAUUUUCGUGCAGACAGGGACAAGUUUAGGGGGGGCCAUGGGACCUGUUGUAGGGACUCAUGGAACAGGGUCGUCCCUUGCAGUAGCGGUACCAGCGAGUUCUACUAACCCCAAUCAGCACCCACAGAACCAGCCCCAGCACUGCCCCGCCAUUCAGAAGAUGAUCCAGAGCCCAAGAGGGGUAGGGGGGAUUGGAGGAACACUUCAAACUGUGUCAGAGUCACCAGAAAACAGGCUGUGUGAGAAUGGGACGCCCCAAGAGCUCCAGCACCAUCAUCUCUACCAUUAUCUUCACCAUCAGCACCAGCACCACCUUCAUCACCAUCAGCAGCAGCAAUUUCAAGGCAACCAUAUCCAGAGACUGUUCCGAGCCCAGCGGCCUCCCCCUCCAUCCUCAUCCUCUGUGCCUCCAUGUUGUUCCAACCCUCCUCCGCUGCAGCAGCCCCCAAUUUUCUCCUCCCUCCAGCCUGCCCAGCAGAUAUUAGUGGAUUCUGUGGGGUGUUCACACCUCCACCCACACUCACAACACAGCCAGCCACUGUAUUUCUGUCCAUCUAAGCCCUAUCCAAAGCAUCAGCCCACCAGUCAAUCAGUCUCAGUUGCACAGGGAUCAGGUGCCACACCCUCCCAUUUACCCCCAGCUGUACCAGGUUUGCUGCCUUCUCAGAUGACCAGUGGCCAAAGUCCACAAUCUGCACAAGGUGUGUCCUCCCAGAUGACAGGCAUGGUGUCCCCUCAUGAGCUCCUCCAAAAGCUCCAGCUGGUCCAGCAGGAGCAGAGCCUGGCUUCCCGUGAUGCUCCUCGACUCGGCCCAGGAUUGGCCCCUCGGUUCCCAGAAACAGCCCCAACUCAAAGCCCAGGCUUGACUGUGUACCCAUGCUCAGUCCCAGACUCAACUCAGUCUACAGCCACCACAAGCCAUAAGUUUCAGGUCAUCUCUCCUCAACGUGUACCCGCCACUGUGGCCCCGACAUUGCUCCUGUCUCCCAGUGUGUUCUCUCAGGGCAGACCGUCUACCGGGGGGGUCUCUGUGACCCCCCAAGACAGCUGCCCUGCCCCUCAAAUAUCAAAGGAAGAACCCAGGAUACUGUCCAGAAGCCAGCUUCAAGCCACGCUGCUCCAUCUAAUUCAGAAUGACAACUCUUUCAUGGAUGCCAUCUAUGAAGCCUACGUCAGCCGCCUUGCUACAAACGCCAGCAACAAGUACUGAGGAAGCUACACCUACUUACUUAUCUUUCCAUAAAACUCACCCAGG